CUUUCGAUAAACCAAAGAUUUAAUCAGAUCUAAUCAAAACUUAGAAAAAGUGGAGUCUAAAAUAUAUUAGCAAUCGAGUAAUGAAGGAAUUAUCUCAAGAAGCAAUUGCUUAUAGUGAUAUUUGCUAAUAAUUGACUGAUGAAAUGAUUUAAGAAUUAGAUGGAAAAUAAAAUGAUAGACAGAAAGAAAUCAAAAAUCUCAGAAGAAGAGUCUAUGAUGCUUUAAAUGUUAUGAUUUCUAUUGGAAUUGUAGUCAAAGAGAAUAAAUUGAUGAAAAAGAAUUCUGAAACCUAAGUGAAUCUAACAAAGCAAAAUUUAAUAAUACGAAAAGUAAGAAUUAAAUUUAAUUUUAACAGCAAAAAUUAAAAGAAUAAUUAUAAUCAAAAAAAACAUCUGCAACAAUAUAAAUUAAACAGCAAGACAGUCUUAAAAAAUUAGUAGAAUUGAAUAAAAUGAGAGAUGUAGAUGAAAGUGAGAAGAUCAGAUUUCCAUUCAUUCUUGUCAAAACCCAAUUAAAUAAUGUUGAUGAAGUAUUUUAUCUCCUUAUCAUUAAAAUAGGAUGAAUUAGUCUUAGAGUAAAACAAAUAGAUGGACUAUUUGAAAGUAUUUAGUAAAAACUAACUUGAUCUCCAGUUUGAUCUAAAUGUAGUACAAAAACUAUUUCAAAGUGAACACAUGAUUCUGUGA